AUGUAUGACCAUCUUGGCUUGCUGUCACCUAGAAACAGCACUAGUAGCAACAGUACCACUGAUACCAGUAUCAGUGAUAAUGUCACGGAUCCAACCAUGCAAAACACCGAGGAUGUAUUCUUCAGGAAAAGUAGACGUUCUUGGACCACAUACGAGCCGAAUUGGCUUGGGAUGAGUGUCACGACAGGUGAUGCAAACGACAUUGAUUCUAAUUUACAUCAAAUAGGGGGGAUAAGAAAUAAGGUGUCGAGUAGCGCUACUGACUCAACUAUUGUAGAAUUUCAGGAUGACCAAUACUGUAGUUUUGACUCUGAAAGGCCAUCAAAAGAUAUUCUCUCGGGGGCCGGUUCGAUUACAGGAGAACGUCAAUUUUGUGAUGCUGAAACCCAAACUGUCAAAAGGAAGAAAUCAAGAAGGCGAAUUGUAUUAUUGCUGCUCCUACUUCUGAUGCUAAUCAUAGGUGGCGCUGUUUUGAUUGGAUCGUAUUUCGGAAUAGUUUGGCCUAACGAUAGACAUCCAAACAACGAGACAACUACAACAUCAGAAGAACUGCCGACAACAGCACAAACGCGAUUGAACUCCCCUCAGCUAGUAUCAGUUGCCUCCCACAAACCAGACACCCCAACACCGGUCACAGUAUUGUCAUUUAUUUCUCAAUCGCCCCCAGUUACAACAAAAGUGACUUUUACAGAAGUUACUGAGACAGAGGUAUCGACAACAGCAAUAAAGGCAACAGAAGUACCAAUAACUACAGGUGCUACGACAGAAGUACAUACAAUAGUAACUACGACAGAUAUACCAACAUCCACCAUAACUACGACAGAACUACCAAAACUUACAGCAACUAAUACAGAAGUAACUACAACUAUAGUAUCUAUAACAGAAGUACCUACAACUAUGAUAACAUCAACAGAAGUACCUACAACUUUAUCAGCUACGACAGAAGUACCUAAAACUGCAAUAGUUACGACAGAAGUACCUACUACUGUAACUUCGACAAAGAUAUCCGCAACUACAGUAGCUACGACAGAGAUGCCAACAUCUUCAGUAAGUACGAACAAAGUACCUACAACUGAGGAAAUUACAACAGAAGUACCUACUACAGUAACUACAACAGAAGUAAAUGCUUCUGCAACUUCAACGGAGGUGCCCGCACCUACCGUACCUCAGACAGAAAUAUCUACAACUGCAGUAAAUGCAACGAAAGUACCUACAAUUGAAGUAAAUUUGACAAAAGUAGCUUCAAAUACAGUAACCAGUGCCGAAGUACCUACAACUACGGAAACGACGACAGAAACAGUAUCUACGACAGAACUUCUACCAACAACUUCAGGGGACACGAUGGAAGUAUCAACAAUUGCAGUAGCUACAACAGAAGUACAUACAUCUCAGGGAAUCAAGACAGAAAUAUCUACAACUGGAGUAACUACGUCACAAAUACCUUCUACUAUUACUUCGACAAAGACUCCCACAAAUACAGUAACUAUGACAGAAGUACAUACUACUGUUACUUCAACAGAGGUUCCAACAACGACAGUAAGUACGACAGAAGUGCCUUCAAGUGCAGUAACUAUGACAGAAGUACAAACUACUGUAACUUCAGCAGAGGUGCCCACAACAACAGUAAGUACGACAGAAGUGCCUACAACUGCAGUAACUACAACAGACGUACCUAAAACUGCAGUAAAUACGACGGAAGUGCAUACUACUAAAACUUCCAAAGAGGUGCAAACAACUUCAGUAAGUAUAUCAGAAGUACCUACAAUUGCAGAGACUACGACAGAAGUACUUACAACAGCAGUACUUUUAACAGAAGAACCUACAACUGAAGUACCUAUGCCAGAAGCACACACUACUGUUACUUCGAUAGAGGUGCCCACAACGACAUUUAGUACGACAGAAGUGCCUUCAAGUGCAGUAACUAUGACAGAUGUACAUACUACUGUAGCUUCAACAGAGGUGCCCACAACAACAGUGCGUACACCAGAAGUGACUACAACUGCAGUAACUACAACGGACGUACAUAAUACUGCAGUAAAUACGACAGAAGUGCAUACUACUGUAAAUUCGAAAGAGGUGCAAACAACUUCAGUAAGUUCAUCAGAAGUACCUACAACUGCAGCAACUACGACAGAAGUACCUACAACGGCAGUAAAUACGACAGGAGAACCUACAACUGCAGUACCUAUAUCAGAAGUACAUACUACUGUAACUUCGAUAGAGGUGCCCACAACGAGAGUAAGUACGACAGAGGUGCCUACAACUGCAGUAACUAUGACAGACGUACCUAAAAUUGCAGUUAAUACGACAGAAGUACAUACUACUGUAACUUCGAUAGAGGUGCCCACGACGACAGUAUGUACGCCAGAAAAACCUACAACUGCAGUUACUGCAACAAAAGUACCUUCAACUGCAGUAUCUUCGACAGAAGUACCUAUAACUGCAGUUACUAUGACAGAAGUACCUACAAAUACAGUAAGUACAACAGAAGACAAUAUUACAGUAACUUCUACAAAAGUACUUACAACUUCAGUAAGUACAAUAGAAGUAUCUACAUCUUCAGUAACUACGACAGAAGUACCAACACUAGCAGUAACUUUAACAGAGGUACCUUCAACUGUAGUAACUACCACAGGAGUAUCUACAAAUUCAGUAAAGACAACAGAAGUAUCUACGACAGCAGUAACUCCGACAGAGGUACCUACGAUUGUAACUACAUCAGAGAUACCCAUAACUACAGUAUCAACGAUAGAAGUACCAACUACCAUAACUACAACUCCAAUUCCAGAUUGCGAAGCAGAAUGUGCUAAAAGAGGCGACGGUGUGUAUAUUCAUCCUAGCAAGGGUUGUUCCUGGUAUUGCCAAUGCCUUGACACCCAGUGGUGGGAAAGGCCUUGUCCUGAGUCGACAUGCUUCAAUGAAGACAUACGGGCGUGUGGACACGCUCCCUAA